CCUAGCACCUCCCGCAUACAUGCUCACGGAGAAGGACACCUGCGACAACGCCGGCAUGACCUUCGCAGUCGGCGGCGCCGGCGUGUUCCAGGUGCCGAACAAGGUGGCCACCCUCAGCGACCAGGUCGACACUUUCGAGUCCCUCAUCGCGGACGGAACCAUCUCCAAGAAGCGCGUCAAGCACUCGGUCGCUCUCAUCGCCAUCUCCGGCAACGACUACGCGUCCAUCGGCGCCGAACGCUUCGACCCCAACAUCCACGCUUUUGUCACGAACGCGACCAUCCAUGAUUUCAUCAAGAACGUGACGAGCGAGAUCACGGCCAAUGUGCAGCGGCUGCAGGAGAUGGGGGUGACCAAGGUUCUCGUCAACAACCUUCCGCCUAUCGGCUGUGCGCCAUCACAGACCGUGCCGAACAACUUCGACGAAUGCGACAAGGGAGGCAACCACUAUGCGUCGGUCCACAACAGUGACCUGAAGAAACUACUUAGGGCGAUGGACGGCGUGCAAAUUGUUGAUCUCAACGCUGCCUUCACCAACAUCAUCAAUCCCGCUAAAGGAGAAAAGACGGAGGUGUCAACCUUCUUUGAAGAGAAGCUAGCCCCGUGCUGCCAGAGCGUGGAUCCAAUGGGAUACUGUGGUCAGAUGGGCGAGUCAGACUCGGACAUCCGUUACACACUUUGCGACAAUGCCGACAAGUACUUCUAUUGGGAUGACAUGAAUCCUACGCAGGCCGGAUGGGAGACUGUCAUGGAGCAAUUGGAAGACCCCAUCAAGAAAUUCUUGGAGCUCAAUUAGAUCUCUAGAUAGCCGUACAUAAUUAGUCUUUAGAAGGUUUUAGCUAGGUUUUGAGCA